GCCUAACCGAAACACUGGAAAAUAACAAAACCAUAAGAAGUCUUAUUACUCCGGUCAGAAUCUCGAAACCGAAACCGAAUCCGAACUGAACUAAUCUAGCGACCGCGAACUUGUUGUCCGAACUUGCUAUCUGUUCCCUCAUCGAUCUUUGUAGUGGAAGGAAAGAGCAGAAACAAGUGACAGCGACAAUUGAUCUGAGGAGAUUGUCGGAGAAAGAAGGAGGAAGAUGGGAGACAUCUGGACAUGGCUUAUAUCCUUCUUCUUCCUCAUCGCUCUUGUCGUAAUCAUCGUCUAUCAGCUUGUAAGCUUAGCGGAUCUGGAGUUCGAUUACAUCAACCCUUACGACUCAGCAUCGAGGAUAAACUCGGUGGUUUUACCGGAGUUCAUUGUUCAAGGAGUUCUAUGUGUAUUCUUCCUCUUAACAGGACACUGGUUCAUGUCACUCUUAUGUCUCCCUUAUCUCUACUACAACUUCCAUCUUUACUCGAAGCGACAACACUUGGUAGAUGUCACGGAGAUAUUCAAUUUGCUUAACUGGGAAAAGAAGAAACGGCUGUUCAAGCUUGCUUACAUUAUCCUUAACCUCUUUCUCACUAUCUUCUGGAUGAUUUACUCGGCGAUGGAUGAUUACGAGGACUGACUAUUACUGAUGAAGAAAAGGCGAUCUAGCUUCUUUGUUUUUUUUCAUCGGCGCUUAAAGAUACAGGGCUGGGAUGGUGGUGGACAUGACAUGAGACAAAUGAAAGAACAGAGUGUUGUGUUGUUUGUAAGAUAAUUAGCGUCUGAAAGAUUUGUAUAUUUUUGUUUCUUUCGUAGUAAUUUUUUUUGAGAUUCUGGUAUUUAACAGAAUCAGUACAACUUAACAAGUUCAAUGUUAGAAAAAAAGUUGGGUAAUUCAUGCGAAUAUUGGAUC